AUGUCGAUGUCUUCUACAUUGGUCCUCGGACUAUUAGCAUCUGCCACAUCUGCCCUCGUUGCUAGGGAUUCCACGCUGUCUGCCCGUCAAGGACCAGCCUAUUCUUACCUGGGAUGCUACACGGAAGGCACCGGGGUACGGGCCUUGGGUGCGUACAACAGUGUCAACUACACCACGAUGACGGUCGAAAUAUGCGCCGGUCUUUGCUUGCCGACAUACACGCUGUUCGGAUUGGAAUAUGGCGGAGAGUGCUGGUGUGCCAACGUCUUUGGCACAGGUGCAGUCGCCGCACCUGAGACCGAGUGCAGCAUGCCCUGCGGUGGAAGUGCAACUGAGAUUUGCGGAGCAGGCAACAGACUCAGCGUCUACUCAACAACACCUGCUGCGCCAGCUGCUCCAGUCCAUGUGCCGGCCGCGGGUGGCUACACCAGAACUGGCUGCUACACAGAGGGGAACGGCACCAGAGCCUUGUCGGGCGCUGAGGAGGUUAACUAUGCUACCAUGACCGUGGAGAUAUGUGCCGCAUUCUGCGCGACGGGUUCGUUCCAGGUCAUGGGCGUUGAAUAUGGAGGCGAAUGCUAUUGCGGAAGUCUGACCCAAUUCAGCGCAAGCGGGUCUGUCGUAGCACCAGAUAGUGAAUGUUCAAUGCUCUGCGCUGGAAAUUCGACCGAAUACUGUGGUGCUGGGAACCGCUUGGACUUGUACCAGACCACUGCACCUUAG